GAGAGUUGGUUCUACCAGAUCAUGUGGUAAUCCAAAAUGGCGGCACCCAGCGAUGCGGCGGCGGAGGAGGCGGUGGUUUACCUGGUAGUGAGCGGUAUCCCCUCUCAGUUGCGCUCGGCCCAGCUACGGAGCUACUUUAGCCAGUUCCGGGAACAGCGAGGCGGUGGCUUCCUCUGUUUCCACUACCGGCAUCGGCCUGAGCGGGCCCCUCCCCAAGCCCUUCCUGACUUUGCCCCGACUCCUGUCGACCCUGUCGCUGAGGGCCAGCUUCUCGCCCAGUCUUCGGCCACUGAUGCCCGGGCUCUCCCCACGCGAGACUCUGCUCCGAUCCGGACUCGUACCUGCUGCUGCGUCAUCUCAGUACGGGGGUUGGCUCAAGCCCAGAGGUUUCUUCACAUGUACUCGGGCCGCCGGUGGCUGGAUUCUCAAGGGACUUGGCUUCCGGGUCGCUGUCUCAUCCGCAGACUCCGACUACCUACUGAGGCAUCAGGUUUGGGCUCCUUUCCCUUUAGGACCCGGAAGGAGAUGCAGAGGCAGAAGGCUGAGAAUGAAGCCUUUACACUGGCUGACCUGAGGCAACUGCCAGAGUUGAACCCACCAGUGCUGAUGCCCAAUGGGAAUGUUGGGACUCCCCUGCGGGUCUUUCUGGAGUUGAUUCGGGCCUGCCGUCUACCCCCUCGGAUCAUCACCCAGCUGCAACUCCAGUUCCCCAAGACAGGUUCUUCCCGGCGCUAUGGCAAUGUGCCCUUCAAGUACGUGGACUCAGAGACUGUGGAGCAAGAAGAGCUCGUGUACACAGCAGAGGGUGAGGAAAUUCCCCAGGGCACCUGCCUGGCAGAUAUACCAGCCAGUCCCUAUGGAGAGCCUGAGGAGGAAGGCGGAAAGGAGGAGGAAGAAGAGUCUAACUCAGAUGACGACGAUGAUCGAGGUGAGGAGUGGGAGCGGCAUGAAGCCCUGCACGAGGAUGUGACCAGGCAGGAUCGGACCACUGAACGCCUCUUUGAGGAGGAGAUCGAGCUCAAGUGGGAGAAGGGUGGCUCUGGCCUGGUGUUCUACACUGACGCCCAGUUCUGGCAGGAGGAAGAAGGAGACUUUGAUGAACAGACAGCUGAUGACUGGGACGUGGACAUGAGUGUGUACUACGACAGAGAUGGUGGAGACAAAGACGCCCGAGACUCUGUCCAAAUGCGUCUGGAACAGAGACUCCGAGAUGGCCAGGAAGACGGCUCUGUGAUCAGACGCCAGGUGGGCACCUUUGAGCGCCACACCAAGGGCAUUGGGCGGAAGGUGAUGGAGCGGCAGGGCUGGGCAGAGGGCCAGGGCCUGGGCAGCAGGUCCUCAGGGGUGCCUGAGGCCCUGGAUGGUGAUGGCCAGCACCCCAGAUGCAAACAUGGAUUGGGGUACCAUGGAGAGAAGCUGCAGCCAUUUGGCCAACUGAAGAGGCCCCGUGGAACUGGCUUGGGGCUCAUCUCCACCAUCUAUGAUGAACCUCUACCCCAGGAUCAGAGGGAGUCACUGCUCCGCCGCCAACCGCCCACUAGCAUGAAGUUCCGGACAGACAUGGCCUUUGUGAGGGGUUCCAGUUGUGCCUCGGACAGCCCCUCAGAGCCUGAAUGACUGGUUUGGGGGCUUCCUUGGUCAGAAUCACUCAGAGCUGCAGGAAAACCCUCUUCCCGGGCCUUAUCUACCACUGAAGCAGAAAGAAGCCAGGGAGCAGCAAUCUUCGUGGCUUGUUCAGGGUGUUUUGCUCUGAGCUUGCCUACAAGUUCUCUACCUCAAGGGCAUUUUUACAGAAUCCUUGGAUAUUGUAAAGGCCUUAAUGACUUGUCUUUACUGGUCUCCUAACCCUAGCCUGUGUUGCCUACCGCUGUACCUUGAAAAGCUGGAUUGGGCACAGUCUUCCUUGGGGAGUCUGAAGGGGGUUACCAGGACGGCCAGAAAGGGGGCGCAUUUGUGGUGCUCACAGGAAGAGACGGUCUUGGGGCGGGUCGUCCACCCCUAUCCUCACUGGGUGAAGCCGAGCGGCGCAGAGUCCGCGGAGGUGGCUCGGGUCUGCCACGUAACGGAAGAAUAAAGUUUACUGCUGAGUC